AUGGAGAAGGAGGGAGAUGAAGUCGCUAUGGGAGGAAUUAGCGUCCACAAUGGUGCAAAGAAAGUUAAGGCAUGGGCCUUGACUAUACUAGCUAGAGAGGAUGCCCAAGUUGAGAUUCAAGAAAGAGGGGAAAUAUUCUUCUUCUAUAGGCCUAAAGUGAACAAGUCGGAAGCUCACAGCGUUGACGAUGUGCAGCGGUUGUACAUUGUCCUGCGCCCAGAGUCCGGUGAGAGACCUGUUGAAGAGAAGCAAGAUCCCCAGUCUGGCAAGAAGGGUGCCAAGGAGAAAUCAAAUCAAGGUCGAAGUGGGUCAGGCAAGAAUGAAUAUGAAGGUGGAAAAGGUAGCCAGGAAGUAAAUAUUGAAAACGAACCACUGUUUAGGUUCAUGGUUAUGGGACGAAAAAGUCUUCCAGAUCCAAGCAAGAAGUCUCAACCUUUCUGGGGUUAUGUUGAAUUGGUGACUACGAAGAUAGAAGAUGUGAAAAGUGCUGUGAAGGGAGAGGAAUAUGAUACUUCAACAAGAGGCCACCGACGUAGUUUUCCUGCGAGAGCGGUGGGAGAAGGCGUUUACCGCAUUCUGAGGCACAAUUCAGGGAAGAAGAAAAUGCACACUCAUCUGAUCUACAAGCUUGAAUUCCCAUCAGAAGAUGAAGAGAAUGAGCCCCAAGAAUCACUCAACAUUAAGCGUGAAGGCUCAUUCGUGAUACAAAUCAAGAAUCCAGAACAACCUGCCAAUUCCCAAUUCAGGUGACUUCAAAAGAAACGCAAGGCAGCCUUCCCUGCUCACCUGCAAGAACAGCUGGGGCAAAGCCGGUAUCAUCCAGCUGAUCCAUCUGACUUUUUGAACUAUGAAGGAUGUGAAUUCCUGCUGAUAUCGGCCUCAGAUGAUAUCGACAAGGAGCUGGGUUUGGAACUUGAGACCGAAGGGGAAGCAGAUCCAUCUUGUUCAGAUUUGGUCAGGACAUUCGGGGAGACUGCAUCUACAACUCCCCUUUUCAAGGGCAUUUGGGCUUGA